AUGCGGACAUUUGCGCGCCGGCGGACGGCCCCGGAGCUGGACCUGGAAAAGGUGCAGCUGCCAAACCUGCUACCCAGCCGCGGAGGAAGCUUCGUGCCGCAGCUCAGUGCGAGGAGGCACUCAGGAGGACCUUCGGUGGCACCGGCCACACCUUCAAAAACCACAAGCCUAACACCACAAUCUGGAGGUUAUGCACUUGCAGAGACGCGAAAUCUGCGACGUUUGAGCAAGCAGCGAGGGCUGGGGCAACGAGAUACGGAGGCUCAGGACGAGGAGAUACCCAGCCUGGAGGAGCUGGAGCGUGACCUCCAAGGCUGGAAUGGCCAAUGGAAGAAGAAGAAGGCGGCAGUUCUGAUCCUCGAGCGCCUCCGCCUGGAUCAGGAGGCCGAGGACCGGAGGAGGGAAGAACUGGAGGAGAGGCGUCGCAGACAGGAGGAAAAGCGAGAGCAGAUGCGCCGAAUAAUGGAGCAGGAGCAGCGGGAACUGCAGGAAGAGAUCAAACGCCACGAAGCGCGGGUGAAGUCUUUGAAUGCAGCCAAAGCCUGGCAGAACUUCGCCCAUCGGAUCGUUUCCUUGCAGGAGAAGCUCAUCGAGGAGUUGAAGCAGCCAUGGACCUGCCCUACCUGCUCUGGUUCGGGUUUGUGCAAUAGGUGCAAAGGUGAGGGGACCCUUUCCGUCACGUACCUGUCGUCCAAUGUCCAAGCUCGAAAUGCAGAUGCAUUCCGGGGACGCUGCGUCUACGGUUGUCACGCCUGCGGAGGCAUUCGGGAUGGCCGGGAUGUCUAUGGCUACGAGACAGCAGAGCUAGGCUCUGGGCUGUGUCUAAAGUGUGCUGGGCAAGGGCAAAUCUGGCCCUCCCUACGAGAGGUACUGGCUCAGAUGGAGGAGCGCAAGAUGACAGACAUGUCUUCUGAUGAACCGCUGUCUCCACGGUAG